AAAUAUAAUUUAAUCAUGAUAAUCAGUAAAGUGUAAACACUACAAAACCAGUUAAGUCAGUGUUUUAUGGUAGGUACAGUAUUCUAUUCUGUAAUUAAUCGUUACGUAGGUAGAAACUUAAUGUUAGGCGUAUAAAUAUUCAAGAAAAAUGAAUAAUGCGGAUAACAGCAUUGAGUUUUCUGAAGUCAAUGAAAGAAAUGGAAACGUACACGAAGAAAAAAUACGCAAAGGUUGGGUACAAUUUGAUGACGAACAACAAACACCAACUGUUUCCCAUUCUGAAAAUGAAAUAGCAGUAACAAAAACACCACCUGUUGCUUCAACGCAAACCCCGACACGUCCUACUGUUCCCGCUGUUUUGAAUACAGAAACAGUUCACGUGAAUCUUGAAAGAGGAGAUAAAAAUUUGGAAUCCAGUACUCAAUCAACUUUAACGAAAAAUGUUGAAUUCGUCAACGUACGCCAUGGGUUCUCUAAUGGUGACAUAAUAGUGACAUUGUUACCUGUUAACACUAAGUGGCCGUGGAUUACAGCAGCUCAGUUUAGGCCAGAACUAGUACCUGAAGAAUUAAUGGCACAAGGCUUAACUUUGACUGUCGAGGAAUAUGUUCAUGCCAUGGAAUUACUAGUGAAUGAUGCUCGUUUUACCCUUUACAACAUAUGUUAUAAGAGAGUUCUUGUUUGUUGGAUUAGCCUUGCAUUUCUCGUGCUUUUGGCACUGCUGUUUUCAGGGUUAACAGGUUUGACCUUGUUUUCCCUAGGAGUACUGUGGCUCAUUUUCAAUGCUGCUGCUAUAUUUCUCUGUAUGUGGAUAAAAUUAAAAUUAUCUAAAGGAUUGGACCAAUGCCUGGCAAGAGUAAACAAACUAUUAAACAAACAUAAAUUGAUUUUGGCCUUAGAUGAUAGGGGUAAAAUUUCAUGUCAUAAAGUGAACUUGUGUUUCAUAUAUUUUGACUCUGGUCCUUGUAUUAUGCACAUACAACAAUUCAUUGACAGUGAAGAAGGAAAAACUAUAAUGCAAGGUUGGGAGCAACGACUAGAUAUUACUACUAAUGACAUAGUUAUUCAAGGGAGCCAAACUACUAGGUUAUCACGUAAACAGGAACGGGGCGCGCUUCUAUUUUUACGUUACGCUGCAAGAUGGGGCGCGUAUGUUCUCAAAAACAGAUUGAAUCUCGGUACGAAUGUAGCUGGCCGACACGGACAUAAGUAUGUCUGUCCAUGUCAAUACAUAGAAGAUCACCUCAAAGCAAAGCCACCCACAGGUAUAACCAAGUAUUUCUCACUGUCUAAUCAAAAUAAUGAAAUGUAUUAAAGAAAAAUGUUUUUCUUGAAAUUUACACUAAAUGUUAAUAAGUACCGGUAAAAUGGGGCGAUUAGGGACAAAUUCCAACUUGAUGAACAAUUUUAAGGUAGUUGUUGAUGUUUAAAAUGCUAUAUCAGGAUCAAAAUGAUUGAGUCUUGUUAUCCAAUUUAAAGCUAUGCAAUUAGCAUUCCAGUUUAAGCAAAAAAAGCAAAAAUAGGUGUUAUUCCUAUUUACCCAGAAUUUGCGGUUAUUGGGGACAAAAUUAGUGUUCAUAGAGAAAUUUGCUAGGGCUGGCACUCCUUGGUUUUAAUUAAUUUAUUUAUUUAGUUGCACCAACAAAGUGAUCAUAAAUAAAAAACAUUGAAAAACUGACAAAAGUACAUGGCAGAUGUCAUCUCAAUCAUAGGUGCAAUCAACAGUGCAUUGACAACAAAUAUAAAAAAAUAUAUAACUUGAUUACAUUUAAUUACUUAUUAAAUUUUAUUUACUUGAGAAAUUAUCCGCGACAGAUUUUUCCUGUAAGUUGUGAGACAAUUAGAAAAAACAUCUAUUUCAUCACUUAAAGUUAGUUCAGCGCAAUCGGACAACUCCCAAUGAACAUUAACGGAGACCGCGCUACCGUGGACAUUAUUGUAGUCCCAAACGAUUCUGUUUAAGGGAGGGUAAGCACCUAAAUUCGAACGAGCGGGCUUUCUUAUAAGCGGUUUAUAUUUCUUCGUUCUUAGUAAGUACUUAGGAACUGAUAUUUUUAUCUGAGUUAAGAGCUUAGGUGUGUCCGUUAUUCCAUGGAUUAAUCAGGUGGAUAUCCCCACUUUGAACAAAUAUUAAUAUAUUUUAUUAUGUAUCCACAUUUUUGUCCACCUUGAGAUUUCAUUGUUCUUGUCAUAUGUCUGUGCAAAACAGACUGACUUAUAUUAAAUUGCUUAGCUAUUUCAACUAAAGACUUAUUCCUAAUUUCAUAGGCUUCUAUUACUGUUUUAAUAUUAAGGGAUCAUAUCUCUUAAAAGGAUUUACACUCUUUGAUACGUACAUGCGAGGAUAUAAAUAUUUGCUAAACAAUAAAAUAACACUGCAUUGAUAAUUUUGAAUAAAAGUUGUAGACAAAAACAUCAUGAAUAAACCAGAUUCUUACCAACAAAUUUAAAAAAUAUUGUUAUAACUACACAGACAACCCUAGAAACCUGUACAUAUUUAUUUAUACAUAGGUCGUUUCCAUUCUCAUCCCAAUUGACCCCUUUUUCGUUGUUAUUUGCACCUAAGACGUCCCCAAUAUCCCCAAAAACAACAGAUUUUUACAUCUAUUUUUAUUUUAUCAAAUACAUUAAAACCAAUAACAACUGAGACUUACCUUUAAUAUAUAUGAUGGUUCAAACACUAAAUUGCGUUUAUAAAUCACAGUCGUCUUUUAUUAUUAUAAAGUAAAUAAAAGAUAGCAAAGUUUCUAGCACUAAAAUAAUUACCACCACAAGAAGUUAAUUUGAAACGCGAUUUUUUAUAAGUUAGCAGCUAUUAUCAUGCAUAUUCAGAGUUGUUUUGUGAACUUUCAACAUUCUACUAUUACACUACAAAAAAUGGAAGAUUUUGCAACGAUUAAAAAACUAGUAUUUGCGGGUCGAAAGAUUUUCCUGAUUUUUUCCCCAAUCACCUCUUGAUCCCUAAUCGCCCCAUUUUACGGUACUAAUGUUAAUUAUUUAAAAUAAAAUUAGUACAGUUACAUAUCAUUAAAUCAGUACUUACUUAUAGUUUUAAGUUUCAAUAUUUAACAAAAAAUAUUUGUUUAGGUAUUAUCUACAUUUUAUUUUAUUUAUUAUGUUAUUUAAUUUAAAAAAUUUUUAAAAGCCUUUCGUGAAAUGUAUGUGAAAUGUAAUUUUAACAGAAUCUUCGUGUAUAUUUUUACUAUCAUCGUAUUACGUAAGCUGAAGUAUAUUAUUAUAUUUUUUUAAAUCCGUCCAUAGGCCUACUAUUUCUUAAUUUCCAUCAAUGGUUAUAUUUUUGAUGUGGCAUUUUAUAUUUAAUCAAACAGUAGGGAUUAUGUACAUAAUUAACUAAUUUCUAAUGAAGAAAAGGAAAAGUUAUCAACUGUUGAUUGCAGUAUUAUAACCAACAGGAACUAAACCUCAACGAGAAGUAUUAAAAUUGUGAAAUUUAAAAAUGUUUAAGAUUUACAAUUUAAUUUAAUACUAGUGGUCGCCCUGUGGUUGAAAUUCGACCAUAAUUAAUUUAAAAUAGAACAUUGAACAUUAUAACUCUUCUUUAAUCACAGAUUUCUCCAGGGCUACACUAUAGACAAAUAAUAUAUAAAGACAAACAAUAAUAAUCUAUUCUCAAUUCGACCAAGACUUUAAAAAUAAACAAAAGAGUAUAUAUGCGUGUGUGUGUCAAAUACAUGGUAGUGUGUUUCGUGUCUUUUUUAUUGAUUUAAUUUAUUUUUUAUGCAUAAUUUAAAAAAACAUUAAUAUUCUGCACUCCUUCUCUUUAAUCUUUAUAAGUGUGGGAAAUUUCAUAGUCCUCCAUCCGCUCAAUUUUCGUAAAAAGGGGUACAAAGUUUUUGCUUCACGUAUUAAUAUAUAGGUAUACAUAAGAACAAUUCUUUAUACAAUCCUAGAACAUGCUUAUUUGAAAAAUUUAACGCUUGGUAUAUCAAAUAAAACUAUUUACAUACAGUAUAGGUAUCUACAUACGUAAAAAUCUAUGUUUUUUAUCGUAGUUACAAUUUUUUUAUUAUUUACUUCGGAUAUAGUUUUUUUCUUAAUAAAAAAAUAGCUGUGGAGUCAGAAGCCUUGUUGCAUAACCAAAACGGUUCUAAAAGUGAGAGAGCAAAAGAACGUCAAAUUUAACGUAAAUAAUGAAUCAUUUAACCCUGAUUUUUUACAAUUUUUGUCUAUCUGUCUGUCUGUCUUUUUGUUCCGGCUAAUUUCUGGAACGUUUGGAGCGAUUUUGACGGGACUUUCACUGAUAGAUAGCUGAUGAUAUAAGGAGUAACUUAGGCUACUUUGUUUAGACUAGCUUCGCUCCGCGGCUUCACCCGCCGUUCGACAAUAACCGCAGGUAACAUCGCGGGGCUCAGCUAUCAAUAAUAAAAUUUAAUGUUCCGAAGCGAAGCGAGGGCGGGUCGCUAGUUUCGAAAUAAAAUUAUAAAUAGACCUUCGGAUGUAAUUUUUAGUGUUAUCGAGCAAGGAGUUAUUUCGUUGAUUUUUAUGAAAAAUACAUAUAAUUCUCUGUCCCGAUUCACAGGACACAUAUCACUUUUCCACACUCAAUUAUUAAAUAAUUUCAAACUUAAACUACUUCGGCGUCGCCCGCAACAGAAUUUCUGCAACUAAUUUAGUUUACUCCAGUAGAACUUUUACGAACUCUUCCAUACAACUUAACACCCUUUGCCUAAACGCUUUCACUAUUGAUUUUUCUACUACCUUUUAAACGACGCGAUUGUGUUAAUUUCACUUUUCGACGCGCGAUUGCCCUCUCAGCAGCUGUGCAGAACUCCGAACCCCAGUUCGUAACAAUAUUAAAAUAUCUCAAGCCGAAAAUAUUUAACUUAUUACAUAUAAUUUUUAUUAACUUAAUGUAUUGUUACAUACAUGGAAAAAUCAAAUGUCAUUGAGAGUAUUCAUUUUCGUUACUUUUAUUUAUUUACACUGCUACUGAUUCGAUCAAAAUCAUAUACUUUUCUUUUUUCCUACCUAUGCUGAGAGCCUUGAGAGGCUACUUCAGCUUCACCCUAACGUUUGUAGGUGAGCUCGCGGGGCUCAACCGGAAAGUUGCUAACACUGACCCUAGCAAGAGCCGUGCUUCGCAGAAACUACCACCGGAUCGGAAACGCGACCCACUGAGAAGAUCCGGCGAGAAACUCAGUGGGCUGUGUCUAUGGGUUAGUUCGCUCGUCGAGCCCUUCGUCGCAAGCGACGGGUUCGACGAGGACGGUGACUGGAGACUUUUCUAAUCGUCUAAUGAUGACGUUCGCGUCUAUUUCUGACGAAAAACAUGACUAUCACAAUUUAUCACUUAGAAAUUGACUUUGUGAAUGUAAAACAAAUUCGUUUAAUAUUGUCUUUCAAAUGAAAUAAGCCGAUAUUCCAUUUUACAGAAACGUGUAGGUACGUCACGUACAGUAUUUAGAAUGAUAUUAUUAUGAAAUGUUUUUACUUUGUUUAAUCUUGUAUGGAAUAAUUUUAUUUUAUAGUUUUACUGUUAUUCUUAAGUUCGUUAAAAUAACAUCUUCAUACUUACUAUUCUUUAAAUAUUUAUAAAUAAUAUAAGUCUUUGAUAUUAGAUAGUUAUAUAAACUGGGUUAUCAGUUAAUAAAGCACUAUGUACCAAAACAGUUUUUUAGAAAGAGUGCAGAAAAAUUAUCGUUUUUUUUUAAAUUAUAAAUACAAAUAAAUUAAUAAAUCGGUUGUGGACACUAUAAUUUAAAUGUCUCACGUAGCCUUACUUAACGUAACCUUGUUUUGUUUUUUUUGAAGUUAUACUUCUUUAGGCGCGUUAUGAAAAAUUGAUGAGAGUGAAAUUUUACGAUGCGCGCGCACCGUGACACAAAUUUAACAGAAUGAAGUUGCCCACUAAAUCGCUCAUUACAAUAUGACCGACGUAACUUAGUCUUGGCGAGUCUGAAUAUAGCCGCAGGAGAACUUUCCGAACCGUACCGAGAAUUACCGAAUUUAUACGAUGUCAAGAAAAGGGAUGCCAAUAUGCGUGUUUGAGGAUGUUGUGUAAUCGAUUUUUUUUCAAAUUGAUUAAAAUUUAAAUGAAAAAAAGAAAUAAAUUUAAUAAAAAUAAAGUAUAACUUCUUACGCGCGUACAUAAGUACACGCACCCUUUUUUUAAAUAUAUAUAUGGUGCUGUGCAGAAGCGGCCAAUUUAUAGCGUUACAUUCCAAAAUGAAUUUUCCUGUUGUACUUGUAUGUUCUUGUAUUCAACAACUUCACAUAUUUUAAUUCAUAAUCAUUCCAUGUUAAAUACUAAUAUUAAGAUAAAAAAUCAAAUUAAUAUUUCUAAUUAGUGGUAAUAGAGCGUAUCAUAAACCGUAGAAUGGGUACCACAUCACUAUCCUGCCUACUUCUGUCACGAAACAGUCGUGGCUUUCCGGUUUUAAGGGUGAUGAGGCAGCUAUAAUACAAUACAACUGAGAUUUUCAAUUUUUCUCUUUAUUUCUCAAGAUGGGUGGCGGGAUUCACCAUCUAUGGGAUCUUUGAUCCAGGUAGACAUUCCAGGUAGACAUCACCCAUAAAAAAGCAAUCAUAUUUUAAAAUUGUUUAAAAUCAAAUUUUGAAUCACAAGUCUUACUAGUCAUAAUAUUUUUCUGAAUAAAACACUUAGGCACUGUAAAACACUAUACAAUAAGGGACGAUUUCAAAAAUUUCAUGCAAAUUACACAGGAAGACUGUAAAUAAUAGUAGGUACAUGUUCAUAAUGUACAAUUAACGUAAUAAUUUAGAUUUUGAUAACAAGCAGCAGUAUUCAAUAAGGUUACCUUAAGUUCAGUUUAAUAUAUGUAUUAGAUUAGAAACAAAUUGUUUUACAUAAACUUGUAACAUUUUGCCAUGUUUUUUUUUCCAAUAACAUUUUGUAGCUUAAAAAGAUGUUACCAAUGGAGUACAUUCAAAUUUAAAUACACAAUUUACUUGUUUAGACAAUAACAAAAGUUCUUUUGAGCGAAAACAUGUGUAGUAUUUAAGUAAAAUGUUGAUGAUGUACAUCAAAUUAUAAUUACAUAGUGAUGUGUUGUGAAUAAUAAACAUUCCGUCCUCAUUAAACUGUACUUACUAAGUAGAUAAGAACUAUUAUAUUACCUUCGUAUUAUACAUAUUAAAUUUGUUGAAAUAUAAUAUAAUCCCUUUAA